CAUACAAAAAAAGGAAAAAAAAAACGCAUGGUUCUAUUGAAGCGUUCCCCGCCAUCGGGACGCAAAAAUGCGUGGCAACUCCGAUCCAAACACCCGCGAUUGCUGCACUAAACGGCGUCGUCUACAACCAUCCGAACGACAGUGAAGAACGAAAACCAGCUUCGAGAUCAACAUUCACAGAAAUGGUGCACAGCGCCUACGAUUCCUUCGAGCUUCUCACCGAUUGCCCUUCGAAGAUCGAAUCCGUCGAACCGUACGGUUCCAAAAUCCUCCUCGGAUGCGCCGACGGAUCCCUCCAAAUCUACGCGCCGGUGACGGAGGAGGAGGAUGCGGAGGAGCUCCGGAAGGAGGCUUACGCGCUUGAGAUGACAGUGAACGGCUUCGCGAAGAAGCCUGUGAUGUCAAUGCAGGUGGUGGAAUCGAGAGAGAUGCUCCUCUCGCUCUCAGAAUCCAUCGCAUUUCACAGGCUUUCCACGUUUGAAACCAUUGCUGUCAUCACCAAGGCCAAGGGCGCCCAUGCUUUCUGCUGGGAUGAACGCAGAGGCUUCUUGUGCUUCGCCAGGCAGAAGCGGCUCUGUAUCUUCCGACACGACGGUGGUAGAGGGUUUGUGGAGGUGAAAGACUUUGGUGUUCCUGAUGUGGUGAAGUCGAUGUGUUGGUGCGGUGAGAAUGUAUGCUUGGGCAUCAGGAAAGAGUAUAUGAUUCUGAAUGCCACGAAUGGUGCACUGUCUGAGGUUUUUACUUCCGGGAGGAUAGCACCACCUUUAGUUGUCUCGCUUCCUUCUGGUGAACUUCUUCUUGGCAAGGAGAACAUUGGCGUCAUUGUGGACCAAAAUGGAAAACUUCGUCCAGAAGGUAGGAUUUGUUGGUCAGAGGCCCCAGCAGAAGUUGUAAUACCGAAGCCAUAUGCUAUAGCACUGCUGCCUAGAUUUGUGGAGAUUCGAUCUCUUCGAGCUCCAUAUCCACUGAUACAAACAAUAGUUCUUCGAAAUGUACGCCAUAUUCGCCAAAGCAAUAAUUCUGUGAUUCUUGUUUUAGAAAAUUCUGUUCACGGCCUUUUUCCUGUUCCUCUUGGAGUCCAGAUUGUACAAUUAACAGCUGCUGGUAACUUUGAAGAAGCCUUGUCAUUGUGCAAGCUCCUUCCACCUGAAGAUUCAAAUCUUCGUGCUGCAAAGGAGGGUUCAAUUCAUAUAAGAUAUGCCCACCAUCUUUUUGACAAUUGCAGCUAUGAGGAGGCAAUGGAACAUUUUCUCGAGUCUCAAGUAGAUAUAACUUAUGUUCUUUCUCUCUAUCCAUCCAUUAUCCUUCCAAAGACAACUAUUGUUCAUGAGCCGGAGAAGUUUAUGGAUAUCUUUGAAGAUGCUUUAUGUCUCUCCCGAGGUUCUUCGACUAUGUCAGAUGAUAUGGAACCCUCUCCAGCAUCGCAUAUAUCAGAAUCUGAUGAAAAUGCAGAACUUGAGUCCAAAAAAAUGAGCCAUAAUAUGCUUAUGGCUCUCAUAAAGUUUUUGCAUAAGAAGAGAUAUAGUGUUAUUGAGAAGGCCACUGCAGAGGGAACUGAGGAAGUUGUCUUAGAUGCAGUUGGGGAUAACUUCGCAUCCUAUAACAGUAGUAGGCAUAAGAAAAUUACCAAGGGGCGUGGUAGUACAUCUAUUAGUUCAGUAGCUCGGGAGAUGGCUUCAGUAUUGGAUACUGCUCUACUCCAGGCAUUGCUGCUUACUGGACAAUCUUCUUUGGCUGAAGAUUUACUUGGAGAUCUUAAUUACUGUGAUUUGAAAAUAUGUGAAGAGAUACUUAAAGAAGGUGGCUAUCUUGUUGCUUUAGUAGAACUUUACAAGUGCAACUCAAUGCACCGGGAAGCUCUGGAACUUGUUCAUAAAUUGGUUAAAGACGGCCAGUCUGAAAUUGCACAUAAGUUCAAGCCUGAGACCAUCAUUGAGUAUCUCAAGCCGCUGUGUGAAACAGACCCCACACUUGUUCUUGAGUUGUCCAUGCUUGUUCUUGAAAGCAACCCAACCCAAACUAUUGAGCUCUUUCUAUCCGGAAAUAUUCCAGCACAUAUGGUGAACUCAUAUUUGAAGCAACAUGCUCCCAACUUGCAAGCCACAUACUUGGAGCUCAUGCUUGCAAUGAAUGAGGACGCUGUUUCUGGAAAUUUGCAAAAUGAAAUGGUACAAGUCUAUCUUUCUGAAGUACUUGAUUGGCAGGCUGAUUUAAGUUCCCAGGGGAAAUGGGACGAGAAAGUUUACUCCCCCAAAAGAAAUAAGUUAUUGUCUGCCUUAGAGAGCAUGUCAGGAUACAACCCAGAGGCUCUGCUGAAACGUCUUCCAUCAGAUGCUUUAUAUGAAGAGCGUGCAAUAUUGUUGGGAAAAAUGAACCAACAUGAACUAACAUUAUCUUUGUAUGUUCAUAAGCUUCAUGUUCCAGAACUGGCAUUGUCUUAUUGUGAUCGGGUGUAUGGAUCUACGCAUAAGCCUUCUGUAACAUCUCCCAGCAACAUAUACCUAAUGCUUUUGCAAAUUUAUUUGAAUCCACGGAGGACGACCAAGAAUUAUGAAAAGAGAAUCACAAAUCUAUUAUCCCCCAGGAGUACAACCCUUCCAAGAGCUAAUUCAAAAAUCUUAUUAAAAACUAGAAGUCGAGGAUCAAAGAAAAUUGCUUCCAUAGAUGUUGCUGAGGACAUAAAAGCUAGUUUGAGUAGCACGGACAGUAGCAAGAGUGAUGCUGACACAGAUGAAUUUCCCGAAGGAGGUACUUCUAUCAUGCUUGAUGAGGCCAUUGAUUUGUUGAGCCGCAGGUGGGAUAGAAUCAAUGGAGCCCAGGCACUUAAACUUUUACCUAAGGAAACUAAACUUCAGAACUUGCUUUCAUUUCUUGGACCCCUUCUGAGAAAAUCUAGUGAAAUGUAUCGUAAUUGCUCGGUGGUCCAGAGCUUGAGACAGAGUGAGAACCUUCAGGUGAAAGAUGAACUCUACAAUAAGAGAAAAACAGUUGUGAAGAUUACCGGUGAUGACAUGUGUUCCUUGUGCCAUAAGAAAAUAGGGACUAGUGUUUUUGCAAUCUACCCGAAUGGGAAAACUCUAGUGCAUUUUGUCUGCUUCCGAGAUUCUCAAAGUAUGAAAGCUGUAGCCAAAGGGUCUCCAUUGAGAAAACCAUUUUGAAAAUGGGACUGAAAAAGCAUUACCAGCUGAUGGUUGUGCGAGCAUUGCUUUAGAAUGGCACGUCGAUGGAUUGUGAUGAAAGCAACACUAUGAUUUAUCUUCGUUUGGAUGAGUUUCUAGGCGUGGUAUGUUUCUUUUGUUUUCUUGUAAUGUAAAUAUUGGUUUGUAUUUUUGGUUAAAUUUGUUAAGCAUUGAAAGGGAGCAAGUUUUUUCCCUCCCUUUCCCAUUUUUUGUUUCUGGAAAUAUUGUAAUAAGGAAGUUAACCUGCGUUUUAGCAUUUGAAUGUGGACUCUCCUCAGCAAAGAUUCUCUGCAGUUUUCUUCUAAAACAGUUAUUGACUAUUGGUUUUUAUAA